GUCCCUUCAAAUCAUUUGCCAAACUGGAGUCGAAAUCCUUGGUGUGAACUCCCAAAAUAAUUACCCGGGAGGACGUUUACAAAUGAUAAAUGGGAGAGAGUGCAGAACAUGUCCCAAGUUGUUUUGAUUGGGGCGGGGGUUGGGGAGUGUUCGGCCAGUGUCCGGAGUUAUAUGUGUGUAUUGGCGUCUCUCUCUCACACACACAUACUGUCUCCAACAAAACCAGAUGUGAGAAUUGAAGGAGAUUUGCCGCAGUCUGUUAGAGAGAGAGAGUGGGACCAUCUCCAUGCUAUGAUUUGAGGGUUUGCCUCCUGCCCUCAUUCUGAAGGCUAACUCAGGACCUGUGUGUGUGUGGGGGGGGGGAUGGUAUUUUGAGUGGGAUCGGUUUGAUUGACGGCUGACGUCAGUCUCCGUCCCCGCCCUCCCCGGCAAUGUCUACAAACUGCAGCUCCCAAAGUCCACUCACUAUUCCACCGGGAAACUGGGCAGGCAGGCAGGCGGGCCAGCAGCAAGCCGAGAGAGGAGCGCGAUGGCCUGGAUUGUACAGUUUACCGCCUGGGCGCUCGCCCUCCGCACUGCUGCCGCUUUCUACACCUCCAAGCUCCAUCCGCCCAACCAGGUGAUUUUGUUGGACUCCAGGUCUGUCCAGGGCGAGUUGGGCUGGGAGGCGUUCCCCCCCGAAGGCGGAUGGGAGGAAGUCAGUAUCAUGGAUGAGAAGAAUACUCCAAUUCGUACAUACCAGGUCUGCAAUGUGAUGGAAGCAAAUCAAAAUAACUGGCUGAGGACUGAUUGGGUCCCUCGUGAGGGAGCCCAGAGAGUUUACAUAGAGAUUAAGUUUACCCUUAGGGACUGCAACAGUCUGCCAGGUGUCAUGGGAACAUGCAAAGAGACAUUUAACCUAUUUUACUUUGAGUCAAAUAAUGAUAAUGAGUGGUAUAUCUCAGAAAACCGGUACAUAAAGAUUGACACCAUUGCAGCUGAUGAGAGUUUUACGCAAGUCGACAUUGGUGAUCGUGUGAUGAAACUGAAUACCGAAGUCCGGGAUGUAGGACCACUGACUAAGAAAGGCUUCUACUUGGCAUUUCAAGACGUAGGUGCCUGCAUUGCCUUGGUAUCUGUCCGUGUUUUCUACAAGAAAUGCCCACUGACAGUACACAACUUGGCACAGUUCCCUGAUACCAUCACAGGCGCUGACACCUCAUCCCUUGUGGAAGUCCGUGGUUCAUGUGUGAACAACUCUGAGGAGAAAGAUGAGCCAAAAAUGUAUUGUGGUGCAGAUGGAGAAUGGCUCGUGCCCAUUGGCAAUUGCCUGUGUAACACUGGAUAUGAAGAACAGAAUGGAGAGUGCCAAGCUUGUAAAGUUGGAUACUACAAGGCUUUGUCGACAGAUCCAAGCUGCUCGAAAUGUCCACCCCAUAGCUCUUCCACUCAGGAAGCUUCCACAUCCUGCACCUGUGAAAGGGGGUACUUCAGAGCUGAAAACGAUCCCUUGUCUAUGCCCUGUACAAGACCACCCUCUGCACCACUGAAUUUGAUUUCUAACAUCAAUGAAACAUCUGUGAUCCUGGAGUGGAGUCCUCCCCAGAACAAUGGAGGCAGGCAUGACGUUACCUACAAUGUUAUCUGUAAGAAAUGCACCAAUGACCUCAGCCGUUGUCAUCCUUGUGGGAGUGGGAUUCAUUUCAUCCCUCAGCAGACUGGUUUGAAGAAUACCAAGGUCUCCAUCACUGAUCUUCAGGCUCACACCAAUUACACCUUUGAAGUUUUUGCAGUAAAUGGAGUAACAAAUUCGAAUCCCAGCCAUGACCAAUCUGCCUUAGUCACUGUCACAACCAACCAAGCAGCUCCAUCUUCAGUUGGUCUAAUACAAGCAAAGGAAAUAACAAGACAUGGGGUUACAUUGGUUUGGCCAGAACCUGAGCGGCCAAAUGGUGUAAUUCUAGAAUACGAGAUCAAGUACUAUGAAAAGGAUCAGAAUGAACGCAGUUACAGAAUUGUUAAAACUCUCUCAAGGAACACAGAAAUCAAGGGUCUGAACCCCUUAACAGCCUACAUGUUUCAUGUUCGUGCACGAACUGCUGCAGGAUAUGGCGAUUUCAGUGCCCCAUUUCAGUUUAUAACAAAUUCAGCUCCAUCAGCUAUCAUUGGGGAUGGUGCCAGCCCGACUGUGUUGCUUGUGUCUGUGGCUGGCAGUGCAGUUCUACUGGUGAUUCUGAUCUCAGCCUUCAUUAUAAGCAGGAGGCGUAGAAAAUACAGCAAAGCCAAGCAGGAAGCAGAUGAAGAGAAGCAUUUGCAUAAUGGCCAAGGCGUAAGGACAUAUGUUGACCCUUUCACUUAUGAGGAUCCCAAUCAAGCUGUACGUGAAUUUGCCAAAGAAAUCGAUGCAUCUUGCAUAAAGAUUGAAAGGGUGAUAGGUGUAGGUGAGUUUGGUGAAGUAUGCAGUGGACGCUUGAAAAUGCCAGGCAAGAGAGAGAUCUGCGUUGCCAUCAAGACCUUGAAAGCUGGCUACACUGAUAAACAGAGACGUGAUUUUCUGAGUGAAGCAAGCAUCAUGGGCCAGUUUGAUCACCCAAAUAUCAUCCACCUGGAGGGGGUAGUAACAAAAUGUAAACCAGUAAUGAUCAUAACUGAAUACAUGGAAAAUGGAUCUCUGGAUGCAUUCCUCAGGAAGAAUGAUGGCCAGUUUACAGUGAUUCAGCUGGUAGGAAUGCUGCGAGGAAUUGGUUCAGGAAUGAAAUAUCUCUCUGAUAUGAGCUACGUUCACCGAGAUUUGGCUGCACGGAACAUUCUAGUAAACAGUAAUUUAGUCUGCAAAGUUUCAGACUUCGGCAUGUCCCGAGUUCUUGAAGAUGACCCGGAGGCAGCUUACACAACACGGGGUGGUAAGAUCCCAAUCAGAUGGACAGCACCUGAAGCAAUUGCUUAUCGCAAGUUUACCUCAGCAAGUGAUGUCUGGAGUUAUGGGAUCGUCAUGUGGGAAGUGAUGUCAUAUGGAGAACGGCCAUACUGGGACAUGUCAAAUCAGGAUGUGAUUAAAGCAAUUGAGGAAGGCUAUCGACUACCUCCACCUAUGGACUGUCCAGUCUCCCUCCACCAGUUAAUGCUGGACUGCUGGCAGAAAGAACGCAAUGAUAGACCCAAAUUUGUGCAAAUUGUAAAUAUGCUGGACAAACUGAUUCGAAAUCCAAGCAACCUGAAAAGAACAGCAGUGAGUGAGGUUACAAGCCACUAAAUAUUCAGCUCAACAAUCCGCCACACCCUUAAACACCUCAGUUCUUCAGGUACCCGUAAUUUACAAAAUGUUACAACUUCGAUAAGUUUUUUUUAUCCAGAAUUAAUGCAUUAACAAAAGAUUGAACAUGUAAUUACUCCUGAAACUGUUGUCUUGUAUUCAUGUUUCCUUGGGUAUUACUACUUCAAUUACCACUUGUCCCCAAUGAAUUGUUAGUAUAAUUAUCAAUUUCUAUAUUAAUUGAUGUCCUUAUAGUACAAGAAUGCACAAUGAGAAAUGUCACUAGGCAGACUGUUCUUGCAGAUACUGUUACAUUGCAUUGGAGUUACAUUCUCAUUACUGGCUCACUGAGGCUAUUAUUGACCUUUACGUGAUUUGAACAGGUAGCAACCACCUUGGAGCCAGUAGCUGACACAUUUUUCUUCAAACUGAUUUAAUUGUGGCAGGGCAAAGGCCCAUCAUGCAUCCACGUGAUGCAAGUUAAUUAUUCAGAAAGAAUGAGCAACUUAUCCAGUCAAAGACUUAAACCUGUAAGCCUGGCCUCAAUCCCAACUCAAGAAUGCAGGUAAUAAAUAUUUAAUAAUACAAUACAUUAUUAAAAUGAAUCUGAUCAACUUUCAGCCAAGAAUUAUUGCAAUUCUGCUCCCGGACACUAAUGAUGACAGAAUAGCAGCAAAUGUAUAGUUACAUUUAAAUACUUUCUUUCUCAUAACCAUUAAAACUGUAUCUACAGUUAGGAAUACAUGGAUAGAUGUAUGUAAUAACUUUGGAUUGAAUGAUUAUUUCAAUCAGUUUGUCACAUCACACAAGUUACAAUUAUCUUCAGUAAAAUUAUAGAUUUUUAAUGAAUCACAAAUAUAUACAAACCACUUCAUUUCACACUAAUGCCUAAACAAACACAGAAGUUGGCAUGCAGCUAAUUAGAAAGAUAAAUGGCAUGUUAAACUUUCUUGUAAGAAGACUGGAGUACAAAAAAGGAAUUCUUCCUUCAAUUGUAUGGGGCCUUGUGAGGCUGCAUCUAGCAGACUAUGUGUAAGUUUGGUCUCCAUUUGAGGACUAUAUAUAUUUGCAUUGGAGGUCGUACCAUAAAGAUUCACUAAACUAGUUCCUAAUGAUUAGAAGAAUAAGAGCAUUUUCCCCUUGAUGAGAAGUUGACUAAAUUGCAUAUAUAUUCUCAAGUUUAGAAUAAUGUGAAAUGAUCCCAUUGAAUUGUGCAAGGUUCUGUGGGAGGUUUGAUAUUACAGACGCCUGAGAGAUUUUUAUUCUGACUGGAGGAUACAGAACAUGAGGAUAGUGUCUCGGAGUAAAGGAUCAAUAUUCAGGACUGAGAUGUGGAGAAAUUUCUCAACUCGUGGUUGUGAAUCUUUGGAAUUCUUUUCCCCAGACAUGCCACAAUUGAACUUAUUUAAAGUUGAGAGGGACAGACUUUUUGAUGUGUCAGGGAACUGGGGAAAGUAGACAAGUGAAAUUGAGGCAAAAAAAUCACCAGUGAUUAUAUUGAAUAGAACAGCAGACAUAAAGGUCAUAUGCUCUUAGAACAGAAUCUCUUUUUUCAAAAGAAAUGCAUAAAAAUAAGCUUUGUCAGAGGUACAAAACAGAUGAUAGCUACUGGACCAACCAUUAUAUACUCCAUAUGAUUUAUUGAAGUUUGAUAGAAAGGCAAAUGGAGUAGGGAUUAUGUUUGAUGCUGGUAAUGGUUUUGAAUGGUCACUGAUUUUGAAUCACACUCCUAAAAUCUUCCAUGAUGUAGAAAAAGGAAUUUAUUUUUAGGAUAUUUGAGUUUUACACUCCAGUUGCUCACUGUCUCCUGCAUUAUCUAUAACUACAUGCCUUUCACUAUCUUUUUGUAUCCUGACCUGUUUCAUUGUCACCAAGUAAUUGGUAGUAUUUUUCCAUGGAAAAUGGAUUGUUGUGAAAUAACAAAAAAGCAAACCAUCUGCUAUUUGCUUUGGUAUUUAACUCAUUGUUCACAAUUUUAUCAAGAAGUAUGGAAUGACACAGGAGCAAGGGUGCAGAACAAAUCACCGAACAUGUCCAGGAAAAUAGCCAGGAUCAGAAGACUGUAGGUAAUUUACAAAAAAGAUGACUGAGAAAAAACCAGCUAGACCACCCAACACAAACAUGAUGUCUUAAACAUCAUAAUUCACAAUGCUCCAACCCACCAACCUCCGAGGAAUCUAAAAAAAAAAUUCUUCUUUAAAUAUCACAGGGCAUUUAUAACAGUGGGAGAAAUAGAAAUGUCUGUCCAACCCCAUGAAAUGAUCACCUGCAGGAGACCAUUGGUAGGAUGUUCCCUGUAGGCUUCCCUGUUGCCAGGCUAAGAUGCAGAUGAAAACCUGCACUGUGUGGGAAACAAUCACUCAAUGCAAUUUUGUUCCCCCCAGCAGCCAAUUAACGGCCCGAGGGUAGUUUGUUGAUGUUGUAUUGAAUCAGAGGCCUUCACCAGCAGACUGCAGUGGAAGGUAAAUCAGUAAGACAGUACUUCACAAAUGGAGAGACCACCCCACACUUUGUUUUUCACAACAAGUCUGUGCCAUUACUGUGGUUGGGGGGUUUGAGGAGCACUCUAGAAGGUGACUUGUAAUUACUAUACAAUCAAUCAGGCAUUUAAUCCUGCUUGGAGUAACUCCAUCCUGGCCUGCCAAUAGGAGACCAUCUACAACUAGUUCCAUUGGCGAUCUCCACCUCCAGGGACUCAGAGGCUGACUGGGAAAUCUAGUUUGUGCCUUGUAAUUGCGAUUAAUUGGUCUUCCACAAGCUGUGCACACAGGUAGCACUGCCACCAUCCCACUUCCAUACUAAUUGCCUGAUAGUGGAAUAAAGCUGGCAACUGGCACCUAGACAGGCCAAACUAUUUUUAAUUCCCACCGUCCUCUUGUCCCAGUCCCUGGGGGUGGUGGGGGAACUAAAAAUCAAGCCCAGCUCAUUGAUGGCGUUCACUUGCUCAUUUUGCCUGAAAUUGGUGCAGUGCUUUAUGAAGGUGUGCAACAAAUCAAUCUUUGCUGUGUGAACCAGCAAUUUCUUCCACAGGUUUAUACUACAGCAUAUUUGCUAUUUACUAUAGCUGCUUAACAUUUAAGUCCACUAUGUGGUAAAUUAUAGAUAAAUACUGGGCAGCAAUAUGGUUUCCUUAACUUCUUUUGCUUGAUACUUUUUUAAA